UCACGGCGCGGGCGGAAGAUGGCGGGGCUGCUCGCGGGCUGCCGCUGAUCCGGCGGAGCGGAGUCGGAGCCCCAACCCUGGCCCCGGCCCCGGCUCCCACUGCCUCUGAGCGGCCGUCGCCAUGUCACUGCUACAGUCUGCGCUGGACUUCCUGGCAGGUCCCGGCUCCCUGGGCGGAGCUGCCGGCCGCGACCAGAGCGACUUCGUGGGGCAGACUGUGGAGCUGGGCGAGCUGCGCCUGCGGGUGCGGCGAGUUCUGGCGGAGGGAGGAUUUGCAUUUGUAUAUGAAGCUCAGGAUCUGGGAAGUGGCAGAGAGUAUGCAUUAAAGCGGUUACUGUCCAACGAAGAGGAAAAGAACAGAGCCAUCAUUCAGGAAGUUUGCUUCUUGAAAAAACUCUCCGGCCACCCCAACAUCGUCCAGUUCUGUUCCGCAGCAUCCAUAGGAAAAGAGGAAUCUGACACAGGGCAGGCGGAGUUCCUGCUGCUCACAGAGCUCUGCAGAGGGCAGCUGGUAGAAUUUCUAAAGAAAAUUGAAGCUAAAGGCCCUCUGCCCUGUGACACCGUCCUGAAGAUCUUCUACCAGACGUGCAGAGCUGUGCAGCACAUGCACAGGCAGAAGCCGCCCAUCAUCCACAGAGACCUCAAGGUUGAGAACUUGUUGCUCAGCAGCCAGGGGACCAUUAAGCUGUGUGACUUCGGCAGUGCCACCACCAUCUCCCACUACCCCGACUACAGCUGGAGUGCCCAGAAGCGAGCCAUGGUGGAGGAGGAGAUCACAAGGAACACCACACCCAUGUACAGGACACCGGAGAUCGUAGACCUGUAUUCCAACUUCCCCAUCGGCGAGAAGCAGGAUAUCUGGGCCCUGGGCUGCAUAUUGUACUUGCUGUGUUUUCGGCAGCACCCUUUUGAGGAUGGAGCAAAGCUGCGAAUCGUCAACGGGAAGUACUCGAUCCCUGCAAAUGACACACAGUACAGCGUCUUCCACGACCUCAUCCGUGCCAUGCUGAAAGUCAACCCUGAGGAGCGGCUGUCCAUUGCAGAGGCCGUGCGCCAGCUGCAGGAGAUCGCAGCAGCCAGGAAUGUGAACCCCAAGGCACCCAUCACGGAGCUGCUGGAGCAGAACGGAGGCUGUGGCAACCCAGGGCCAUCCCGGGCACCACCCACUCCUGGGGGUCCUUCGAGCAGCAGCCACAGUGGAGCCCUGGCGUUGGCAGAGUACGAUCAGCCCUAUGGUGGUUUCCUUGAUAUCCUGCGGGGCGGGACGGAGCGGCUCUUCACCAACCUUAAGGACACGUCCUCCAAGGUCAUCCAGUCUGUGGCCAACUAUGCAAAGGGCGAUCUGGACAUAUCUUACAUUACCUCCAGGAUUGCUGUGAUGUCAUUCCCCGCCGAGGGCGUGGAGUCAGCGAUCAAAAAUAACAUCGAAGAUGUGCGGUUGUUUCUGGAUGCCAAGCACCCGGGCCACUAUGCUGUCUACAACCUGUCCCCCAGGACCUAUCGGGCCUCAAAGUUCCACAACCGGGUUUCUGAGUGCGGCUGGGCCGCCAGGCGGGCUCCAAACCUGCACAGCCUGUACACUAUCUGCAGGAACAUGCACUCCUGGCUGCGGCAAGACCACAGGAAUGUCUGCGUUGUGCACUGUGUGGAUGGGAGAGCCGCGUCUGCUGUGGUUGUCUGCGCCUUUCUGUGCUUCUGCCGCCUCUUCAGUACUGCCGAGGCCGCCGUGUACAUGUUCAGCAUGAAGCGCUGUCCACCAGGCAUUUGGCCAUCCCAUAAAAGGUACAUCGAGUAUGUGUGUGACAUGGUAGCAGAGGAGCCCAUCACACCCCACAGCAAGCCAAUGCUGGUGAAGGCCGUGGUCAUGACCCCUGUGCCACUGUUCAGCAAGCAGAGGAAUGGCUGUAGGCCCUUUUGUGAGGUCUACGUGGGGGAUGAGCGCGUGACCACCACCUCCCAGGAGUACGACAGGAUGAAGGAGUUUAAGAUCGAGGACGGCAAGGCAGUCAUCCCCUUGGGCAUAACGGUUCAAGGCGACGUGCUUAUUGUCAUUUACCAUGCCAGGUCUACCCUAGGUGGGCGGCUGCAGGCCAAGAUGGCAUCCAUGAAGAUGUUCCAGAUUCAAUUCCACACUGGGUUUGUGCCUCGGAAUGCAACCUCCGUAAAGUUCGCCAAGUACGACCUGGAUGCGUGCGACAUUCAGGAAAAGUACCCGGAUCUGUUCCAAGUGAACCUAGAGGUGGAGGUGGAGCCCAGGGACAGGCCUUGCCAUGAGGCCCCACCAUGGGAGAAUGCCAGCAUGAGAGGGCUGAACCCCAAGAUCCUGUUUUCCAGCCGAGAGGAGCAGCAGGACAUCCUGUCUAAGUUUGGGAAGCCAGAGCUGCCCCGGCAGCCGGGCUCCACGGCUCAGUAUGACGCCGAGGUGGAGUCUCCGGAGGCUGAGCCCACGGACUCGGACUCGCCGCAGAGCAGCAGUACAGAUGCAAACCACUUCCUCCACACGCUGGACUGGCAGGAAGAGAAAGAAACAGAAACUAGUGUGGAAGGGCUCUCUUGUAAGGAGAGCGAGGCUGUCCUGAUCACAGACAGAGACGAAAGCGAAGUAUCAGAUGAAGAGGCACCCUCAGUCCCUGGUGGAGAUAGCCAGCCUGGGGCCAGUGAGGACCUACCAGGCCCUGUGGCAGGGGCCUGGCAGCAAGACCCAAUGCUCGAUGCAGCCACCCCAGCCUCACCACAGGAGUCCAGGCUGCAGGAAGACGGUGUUGACCUCCUGGGGCUGCACUCGGAGGCUGCCCCAGGACCAGCUGCCUCUGCACAGGCCUGCACGGCGCUCUCCAGCAACACUGCCCUGCUUAGCCGCCUCCUGGGGCCCCCUGAAUCCGCUCUGGAGGGGCAACCCAACGACUUGCUGGGAGGCGAGGCCCCCCUGCUCCUGGCAAGCCCUGCCCCUCCUCUGAGUGCACAGAGCACCCCACAGGGAGGGCCCCCUGCCACAGCUGACCCGUUUGACCCGCUCCUUCUGACUUCCAAUGCCAACUCCCAGCCUUGUUCCCAGCCCGACUUCUUCGGCGAGUUCUUGCAUGCAGACCCCGUGGCAGCCCCAGCAACCUUCCCCUAUACCAGCAGCGCCCCACCGCCAUCCUGUGCCACCUUCUUGCCCCUGGGGGACCUGCCAGCAGAGCCCAGCAAGGUGACGGCCUCAUCCAGCCACCCAGACCUACUCGGGGGAUGGGACGCCUGGGCUGAGGCUGCUGUGCCCGGGCCAGCCUCAGAAGGACCCCUCUUCCCUCCUGGAGCUCAGCCAGCCUCUGCGGGCCCCAACCCCAGCCAGACCAAGUCUCAGAGCCUAGACCCAUUUGCUGACCUCGGCGACCUCCGUGACCUCAGCUCCAGCCUCCCAGGCCCAGCUGCUGGACCCCCACCUGGAAGUUUUGCUCCCAAAACAGCCCCUCCCCCCAAAGGUGGCAGCUCCUGGCAGACAAGUCGGCCACCAGCCCAGGGCACCUCAUGGCCCCCCCAGCCCAAGGUUCCCGCCAAAACCUGCGCACCGCCGAGGCCAAACUAUUCCACAAACUUCAGCGUGAUUGGGGACCGAGAGGAGCGGGGGGUCCGUGUGCCCAGCUUUGCCCAAAAGCCAAAGGUCUCAGAGAAUGACUUUGAAGAUCUGCUGCCCAACCAAGGCUUCUCAAAGUCUGACAAGAAGGGGCCAAAGACCAUGGCGGAGAUGAGGAAGCAGGACCUCGCCCGAGACACAGACCCCCUCAAGCUGAAGCUCCUGGACUGGAUUGAGGGCAAGGAGAGGAACAUCCGUGCGCUGCUGUCGACGUUGCACACGGUGCUGUGGGACGGGGAGCAGCGCUGGACACCCGUGAGCAUGGCCGACCUGGUGACACCGGGGCAGGUGAAGAAGCAGUACCGCCGUGCGGUGCUGGUUGUGCACCCUGACAAGGCAACGGGGCAGCCCUAUGAGCAGUACGCCAAGAUGAUUUUCAUGGAGCUCAAUGACGCCUGGUCUGAGUUUGAGAACCAGGGCUCAAGGCCCCUCUUCUGAGGCCCUAGGGUGGCUGUGCAAGUGCUCAUGAGGCUGAGGCUGAGGCUGAGGCCAAGGCUGAGUUGGGGGGCCUGGGAGGCUCCCGGGCUACGAGGCGUGACAUUGAUGUGGCCCGAGCAGCUCAGAUCCUCCACUGCCUGCUGUCCUGUGUGGGUCCCGGGCAGACAGCCUCCUGCAAUGCAGGGCGGAAAACAUUCCAAAGCUGAUUUUUGUUGUUUCAUUUUCCUCCUUGUCCAGAGGAGCAGUGCUGAUUUACGCUGCUCCCACGUUCGUCACAGUCCGUGACUCAUCCUGUGUCUGGUGUCGCCUCUCCGGCACGCUGUCCACUGCAUGCUCUGCUGUUGCUCUCAGGGCUGCAGUGUCCAUCCUGCUUUGUAAUCAGUCUGAUGAUCGUUGUACAUGAUUAAACUUUUUCUGACGA